UUCAUUAAAAAAAUAAAAAUAAAAACUAGAUUAUAUUUGAAAAGAAAAAUGUCUGGAGUUUGGGUAUUCAAGAAUGGGGUUUUCCGUUUGAUAGAAAAUGGGUCAGGAGAUCAAGCUCAAAGAAGAAGGAAGGUUUUGAUACACUUACCAAGUGAGCAAGUGGUAUCAUCCUAUUGCUGUCUCGAAAGAAUUCUCAAUGGUUUGGGAUGGGAAAGGUACUACGGAGGUGACGCUGAACUUUUCCAAUUCCACAAGCAUUCUUCCAUCGACUUGAUUUCACUUCCUAAGGAUUUCACUAAGUUCAACUCCAUUCACAUGUACGAUAUCGUCGUUAAAAACCCUAACGUUUUCCAUGUCAGAGAUGUUUAGCUAACCUCAUCUCAUCUUAAAUUUGUAUAGGAAAGCUUGCUAGGGUUAGCUUUUAAUUUGUUUUUAUUUUAUGGCCUCCUCUCCUUCUUGGGGUUGGAGUGGGGGUUAGUUAUAACUUCGUGUGUGCUUUGGCGUUGGUUGACAUGCCAUUCUUGGUGAGUGAAAUGUUAAAGUAGUUUGAGUUCAUUUGGUUAUUUUAUGUGUUUAGGCUUCAAGAAAUAGUUCUCAAAUGAUUGUGGAAUAAAAGUUAUGUAUG